AUCUGGCAUUUGUGUGAACUUAUCAUCCAUUAGAGACCCGAAACCUAAGCUCUAAGAGCAUCAUGGGUCUCUGUUUCUCUUCACCUAAGGCCACCAGACAUGGAACCAAUCACCCAAACCCUAAUCCACCUCCAGAUAUACCUAAACCGCAAUCUCAGGGGAAAGGGAGAGAGAAGGUUUGUAAUCAAAACAAGAAGAAGACGAAGAAUAACAAGACCCAGUGGAGGCACGUAGGAGGGACUCUAUUUGGUAAGCGCAUCGAUUUUGGAUACGCCAGGGAUUUCGAUAAUAGAUACACCAUCGGGAAAUUGCUCGGACACGGCCAGUUUGGUUUUACAUACGCUGCCACCGACAACAACAACGAGGAUCGUGUAGCCGUCAAGAGAAUAGACAAGGCCAAGAUGACUCAACCGAUUGAAAUCGAAGAUGUGAAGCGAGAGGUUAAGAUACUACAAGCUUUAGGUGGGCAUGAGAAUGUGGUUGGGUUUCACAAUGUGUUUGAAGACAAAAACUAUGUUUAUAUAGUGAUGGAGUUAUGUGAAGGUGGUGAACUGCUAGAUCGAAUAUUAUCAAAGAAAGAUAGCCGUUACACCGAGAAAGAUGCGGCGGUUGUGGUGAGACAAAUGUUGAAAGUUGCAGCCGAGUGUCAUUUACGUGGUCUAGUUCACCGUGAUAUGAAGCCAGAGAACUUUCUGUUCAAAUCAACAGAAGAAAAUUCGUCUCUAAAGGCUACAGACUUCGGUUUGUCAGAUUUCAUAAAGCCUGGAAUGAAGUUCCAGGACAUAGUAGGAAGUGCUUAUUACGUUGCACCUGAAGUGUUGAAACGUAGGUCAGGACCUGAAUCAGAUGUUUGGAGUAUAGGUGUCAUAACUUACAUUCUGCUCUGUGGAAGAAGACCCUUUUGGGAUAAGACACAAAAUGGGAUAUUCAAUGAGGUCAUGAGAAAGAAACCUGACUUUGAAACAACCCCGUGGCCAACCAUUAGCGACGGUGCCAAAGAUUUUGUGAAGAAGUUAUUAGUAAAGGAGCCGAGGGCACGGUUAACAGCAGCUCAAGCACUAUCACACUCAUGGGUGAGAGAAGGAGGAGAGGCCUCCGAGAUUCCAAUAGACAUAUCUGUUCUUGAAAACAUGCGUCAGUUUGUGAAGUUCAGCCGCCUUAAGCAGAUAGCUCUGAAGGCUCUAGCGACGACAAUUGAUGAAGAUGAGCUGGAUGAUCUCAGAGACCAGUUUGAUGCGAUUGACAUUGACAAGAACGGUUCCAUUAGCCUUGAGGAGAUGAGGCAGGCCCUUGCGAAAGAUCUUCCUUGGAAGCUGAAGGAUGCAAGAGUAGCUGAGAUUCUUCAAGCAAUUGAUAGCAACACUGAUGGUUUAGUGGACUUCACUGAGUUUGUGGUGGCUACUUUGCACGUGAAUCAACUAGAGGAGCAUGACUCUGACAAGUGGGAGCAGAGGUCAAGGGCAGCAUUUGAAAAGUUUGACGUAGACAGAGAUGGGUUUAUAACACCAGAGGAACUAAGAUUGCAAACGGGUUUGAAAGGCUCCAUAGAACCACUUCUUGAAGAGGCUGACGUUGAUAAAGAUGGGAGAAUCAGCAUCCAUGAGUUUCGCAGACUCUUGAGAUCUGCAAGCCUCAAGCCAAGAACUGUCAAAAGCCCUCCUGGUUACCAGCUUUCUCGAAAAAUGUAAAUUACUUAACACUUAAAAAAAAAUAGAGACAUGAAGAUCUUAUUGCCUCUCAUAUACAGAAAACAUUGUUUAUAGUAGUCACCCAUCUGUUCUUUUUUUCUUUUGCUAUCAAAUCAAGAAAAUUGUAUAGAGGCUA